AAACAAGAAAACAAAAUUCGUGGGCAUAAAUGAGCAAGCAACGGUCGUUUAAAGCGAAGCGAGUUUCGCCUCUGGAAUCCAUUUACAGGGCUCUCUCCAGAGUUCAGUCUCGAUGAUCUCCUGCAAAGCUUCAAGCUUCGUAUUAGAAAAUCCCAUCUGCCAGCAGAAGGAGAAGAAUUAUUCUUUGAAAGGAGCAGUAGGAAAUUUCCAGCUGAGACCCUCUCAUUAUCAUCAUUAUCAGCCUGCAAUAAGAUGUUGUUCCUCAUCAAUUGAUGGUCAUUUGACAAGCACAAGUCAUGAUUAUCAUGACAAUGUCAAGAAGAAGAAGCUCCUCCAGACAGAAGAAAUUAGAAAGGUGAAUUGCCAAGUAGAAGUGAUAUCGUGGCGGGAACGUAGAAUUAAGGCCCAAAUUACUGUCAAUGCAGACAUUCAAUCCGUCUGGACUGCUCUCACUGACUACGAGCGUCUCGCUGAUUAUAUUCCGAAUCUCGUUUGCAGCGGGAGAAUUCCUUGCCCUCAUCCUGGGAGGAUAUGGUUAGAGCAGAGAGGCUUGCAGAGGGCACUCUAUUGGCAUAUUGAAGCUCGUGUUGUGUUGGAUCUACAAGAAUUUCCCAUUUCAGCUAAUAAUCAUGAACUGCACUUUUCGAUGGUUGAUGGAGACUUUAAGAAGUUUGAUGGCAAGUGGUCAUUAAAAUCAGGGGCAAGGCCUGGAAUGACACAAUUAUCAUAUGAAGUUAAUGUAAUUCCAAGGUUCAACUUUCCAGGUAUUUUCUUGGAGAGGAUUAUUAGAUCAGAUCUUCCUGUUAAUCUUCAAGCCUUGGCUUGUCAAGCAGAGAGAGAUUUUACAGGGAAUCAAAAGACAUCAAUUGCAGAAAGUGGAAAAUCCAUGGCCAUAUUUACUUCUCUGGACACAAGUCUACCUGAUGCUUUUAAUGAGAAGGAUAAUUUGUUUACUGGAGACUUUAAAGAGAGUUAUCCUGGCUCAAAUUUUGGCCCCAUGCCAUCAUCUUCAAGUGAGUUAAAUGCGAACUGGGGUGUGUUUGGAAAAGUUUGUAGACUUGACAGCCAUUGCACGGUGGAUGAAGUUCAUUUGCGCAGAUUUGAUGGCCUAUUGGAAAAUGGAGGGGUUCAUCGUUGUGUUGUUGCUAGCAUAACUGUUAAAGCUCCUGUUCGUGAAGUCUGGAAAGUUUUGACUGCUUACGAGAGUCUUCCUGAGAUAGUUCCAAACUUGGCCAUUAGUAAGAUUAUAUCACGAGAAAACAACAAAGUUCGCAUACUUCAGGAAGGAUGCAAGGGUCUGUUGUACAUGGUUCUUCAUGCACGGGUUGUUCUAGAUUUAUGUGAACAUUAUGAACAAGAGAUUAGUUUUGAGCAAGUAGAGGGGGACUUUGACUCAUUUCAGGGCAAGUGGCUUCUAGAGCAAUUAGGAAGUCAUCACACGCUACUGAAAUAUAGUGUGGAGUCCAAAAUGCAUAAAGAUUCUAUUCUUUCAGAAGCUAUCAUGGAGGAGGUUAUAUAUGAAGAUCUCCCAUCAAACUUAUGUGCAAUUCGAGAUUAUAUUGAGAGAAGGGAAGAUACAAACUCAGUAGAAAUGAAUGAGCCCACGCAAUAUUCCAAGGAACUAGAUCCAUCUAAUGGUAUGGGAGAUACUGAGUAUAGCAAGAAAAUUGUGAAGGUUAUUGAUUUGAAUAACCCAAAUUCACAAAGACAAAGACCUAGGGUUCCUGGCCUGCAGAGGAAUAUUGAAGUUCUGAAGUCUGAGCUCCUGAAGUUUAUAUCAGAACAUGGACAAGAAGGAUUUAUGCCCAUGAGAAAGCAGCUUCGUCUGCAUGGUAGGGUAGAUAUUGAGAAGGCUAUAACACGCAUGGGUGGAUUUAGAAGGAUUGCAACGUUGAUGAAUCUUUCUCUUGCAUACAAGCGCCGGAAACCAAAGGGAUACUGGGAUAAUCUCGAGAAUUUGCAGGAAGAGAUUAAUAGAUUUCAAAGGAGCUGGGGAAUGGACCCUUCAUUUAUGCCAAGCAGAAAAUCCUUUGAGCGGGCUGGGCGUUAUGAUAUUGCGCGAGCAUUGGAGAAAUGGGGGGGACUCCAUGAAGUUUCCCGUCUUCUAGCUCUAAAGGUGAGGCACCCUAAUAGGCAGGCAAAUGUUGUUAAGGAUAAGAAAAAUGAUCAUGUGGCAUUUACUAAUGUGGAAGGAGAAGAUAGCAUUUCAUCAAAACCAUAUGUAUCACAAGAUACACAAAAAUGGCUCAUGAAAUUGAAAGAUUUAGACAUUAACUGGGUUGAACGAGGAUGUUAGUUGAUUGCCCCUCAUAAUCCUUAUCUUACAAUCUCUUUGCCACAGCUUCGUAAUUGCUUUGAUAUAUCAUAUCUUUUCUAUCAGACAACACGUAUUGAUUUUCCCCUCUAAAUUCUUUUCUUUGCAAAAUUCAGUCAUUGUGAUCUUAUGAAAAUUGAAAAUUAAUUGUUACCCAUUUUCCAGAGUGCAAAGUUAUUUGGGUGGUCUAAUUUAUACUA